CUUAGUCUCUCCUUUGAUCAAUCUAUAUUGCUUUUGAUUCUCUAUAUUAUCGGGAACCUGAAUUGGAUGGUGAUAAAGGGAAUGCGAGUUGGUAAAUACGAGCUUGGGAGGACACUUGGAGAGGGAAAUUCCGCAAAGGUUAAGUUCGCUAUAGAUACUCUUUCGGGCGAACCAUUCGCCAUCAAAAUCAUCGAUAAGUCGCGUAUCACUCGUAUUAACGUAUCUUUUCAGAUCAAGAGAGAGAUUCGAACACUCAAAGUUUUGAAGCACCCAAACAUUGUCCGAUUACAUGAGGUCUUGGCUAGCAAAACCAAGAUUUAUAUGGUUCUGGAAUGUGUCACUGGAGGAGACUUAUUUGACAGAAUUGUCUCCAAAGGAAAGCUUUCCGAAACAGAGGGACGAAAAAUGUUUCAGCAGUUGAUUGAUGGAAUCAGCUAUUGUCAUAACAAGGGAGUUUUUCACAGAGAUCUCAAGCUAGAGAAUGUUCUUCUUGAUGCAAAGGGUCACAUUAAGAUCACUGAUUUUGGCCUUAGUGCUUUGCCUCAACAUAUUAGGGAAGAUGGGUUGCUACAUACAACUUGUGGUAGUCCUAACUACGUCGCGCCUGAGGUUCUAGCUAAUAAGGGCUAUGAUGGUGCAGCAUCAGAUAUAUGGUCAUGUGGAGUAAUCUUGUAUGUUAUUCUUACGGGAUGUCUCCCUUUUGAUGAUGCUAACCUUGCAGUUAUUUGCCGGAAGAUAUUCAAAGGGGAUCCCCCAAUACCUAGAUGGAUAUCACCUGGUGCUAAAACCAUUAUCAAGAGAAUGCUUGAUCCAAAUCCAGUCACCAGGAUGACAAUCGCAAAUAUUAAGGCUAAUGAUUGGUUUAAACAUGACUACACUCCUUCAAACUACGAUGAUGAUGAUGAUGCAUACUUAAUCCAAGAAGAUGGAUCUGAAGAAGAGAAGAGCCCUGAUUCUCCAACCAUUAUCAACGCAUUUAAGUUGAUUGGAAUGUCCUCGUUUCUCAACCUCUCAGGUUUCUUUGAGAAAGAGAAAGUAUCAGAGAGGCAGAUAAGAUUCACGUCAAAUAGCUUAGCCAUAGAUUUGUUGGAGAAAAUCGAAACGAUCUUUACAGAGAUGGGUUUCUGCUUACAGAAGAAACACGCAAGGUUAAAAGCAAUCAAAGAAGAAAACACUCAAAAAGGGAGAUGUGGCUUAUCAGUAACAGCUGAGGUUUUCGAGAUAAGCCCGUCCCUGAAUGUGGUUGAACUAAGAAAAUUACAUGGCGAUUCAUCUCUAUAUAAACAGAUUAAUCCUACGAACUUAAAAAUCUCUCAAGGGACAUGGGUCUUCCCGGUUUCCGAGUUGGAGUGGUUUAAUUACUUUUACAAUGAUGAUGUUGUAUCAUGUGCAAGGAGAAUGUUAAGUUUUGGAGUAGUCUCGUCACAACACAGUUUUCUAGCUGUUAUGGCGUCUGACUUGCCGAUGAGCCCUCAUUUAGAGCAGAUUCACGGAGAAAUUCGUGACCAUUUCCGAGCCCUCGCGAAUGGCUUCCAGAGGUUGGAUAAGAUCAAGGAUUCUAAUAGACAAAGCAAGCAACUCGAAGAACUUGCUGAGAAGAUGAGAGACUGUAAACGGUUGGUUAAGGAAUUUGAUCGUGAACUCAAAGAUGGGGAAGCUCGAAAUUCCCCUGAAGUAAAUAAGCAAUUGAAUGAUGAGAAACAAUCUAUGAUUAAGGAACUCAACUCUUAUGUUGCACUAAGAAAAACGUACUUGAAUACACUCGGCAACAAGAAAGUUGAACUUUUUGAUACGGGAGCUGGAGUCAGCGGUGAACCCACAGCUGAAGAAAACGUCCAAAUGGCUUCAUCAAUGUCAAACCAAGAGCUUGUCGACGCUGGAAUGAAAAGGAUGGACGAGACUGACCAGGCUAUUGAACGCUCUAAACAAGUUGUGCAUCAGACGAUCGAAGUUGGCACUCAAACUGCAUCUAAUUUAAAGGGACAGACAGAUCAAAUGGGCCGCGUUGUAAACGACCUAGACACAAUUCAGUUCUCUAUCAAGAAAGCUUCGCAGCUGGUGAAAGAGAUAGGAAGACAGGUGGCUACCGAUAAAUGCAUAAUGGCGUUCCUGUUUCUGAUUGUCUGUGGUGUUAUAGCCAUAAUCAUUGUGAAGAUCGUGAACCCAAACAACAAAGAUAUCAGAGACAUCCCUGGACUAGCUCCUCCAGCGCAAUCGAGAAAGCUCUUGUACUUCAGAGAAUAGCCUUUUGACAGGGCCGAGAGGGAAUGUUUGGUGCAUAUUACACUUGCUGUUGCGUGUGCGCAGUUUCAUGAAAGGGGGCUUGUUUAUGUCAUUUAAAUCUGAGCUUUGAUUAGAGUUUUGUAUCAUAUAUCAUCAUUCUUUUUAACUUAUGACCACAUGUUGUAUAAUUU